CACUCCGAUAGAGCUUGGGCGAAGAGGGAUACGGGAUAUCAUCUGGGGAUCCCGGUGUCAGUUGGAGGCAGAGACGACUGUAAAGACGCCAGGACAACCGGUGUCAGUCGGAGAGGGAGAUAUCUGAAGGACUCAUUAGGAUUUCUGCACAAGAGCUGACGGAGGGAUAUACCAGCUUUUAACGUCAGAGACAAGACUCCAAUACAAAGAACGGAAAACAUUGAGCUAGGAGCGGGGAUUAAUAUCGAAAUAUAAACCGUAUGUAACUAACGAAAAUGAAAAAGUCCAGAAGAUAUGUGAUAUAAAUAAGCAUGUAGUCCUUAGGUGUUUCGCAUCAGCAGUAAAUGUAAACAAACAGCUAUUCAAGCUAGCUGAAGUUAGCCGACUGGGGUUAGCUUUCUACUGCUAGUACAUAUAGCUAAUGUUAGGUAGUGGGACCGGGGCAGACCGAAGGUAAACCGAACCGAAGAAGCCUGGCUUCGAGUUGAAAACCAAAUUUAACCUCAAUAUAGUCGUCUUCGGUGGAUGACAGCUGUGUGUGUUAUCUCAGUAUGCAGUUAUUAGCACAAUUAGCCUCUCAGCUAACGUAGGCUAAAUGUUAUUUGCAUUAGCUGCCCAGCAUAAUAACAUUACAACUAGCACAGUAAAUGUAGAACAAAGAAGACAUUUGGCAGUACUACACGCUACGUCCGUUUUUAACUUCAAAACAAUUUGUUGUGAGAGAGAUUAAACACUUUCAGGACUGGUGUAAAUGCAACAAUAGAUAAUCUUAAUAUCCAGCGCAGUCCAGCUGAUUGGCUGAGAAGAGUAGGACGUAGGGAUGAAGGAAAACAACUUCAUGACUUAAAGAUCUAAUCGCAUCGCUACCCCCGAGCCAGCGUUGUGCUGUCUUCGCCUCUCAGCUGCACAGUUAGAGGGAAAUUUCAGUUUUACAUGCUGCACUCUCGGUGUGUUUGACAGUAACCGAGCUUAGCUGGUGAGUUUGGCUCGAUUGUCCUCUCAGUGGCAGCAGUCGGCAGUAGUACGGCCAAACACAGGAGAGGACCUUCUGUUUAGAUUAAUAGGCUGUAAAGGGAGCCACAACUCAACUCAGCCCGGCAGCAUGGAGUGAGUUGUUAAAUCGAUCUAAAUAGCGAAUAGUUUGAAUUGAAUAUAAAACAACCCCUCCUAAAACACAGGAGAAGUUACGUGUGGACACUUGGUAACUGCACCUUUGUUGUGAAUAUUUUCCUACAGACUACUUAAUGGAGACCACCGCCUUGUCAGAGUUUGUAUUAUGUAGCUGUGUUUGAGGGCCCAGCGGUAAGCCUCUCAGCUGUGUUUUGGUUGCUAGUGGCCUCCCCUCCCCCAGUCUUGAGACUCUUGAUUCUCCCCGAGUGGUGGACACUGUUUCGCCGGGUUUCCACUUGAGUUCUUAGACUGAAGAAAGGCCGUGGCCACAAGUCGCAGUCCUCUGGACUCCGAAGCAGUUAAAAAGUGGAUGUAAUGGAACUGAUGUUUGCCGAGUGGGAGGACGGGGAGAGGUUCUCCUUCGAAGACUCGGACCGGUUCGAGGAAGACUCUCUGUGCUCCUUCAUCUCAGAGGCCGAGAGCCUCUGUCAGAACUGGAGGGGAUGGAGGAAGCAGUCUGCUGGACCCAACUCCCCUACUGUCAAGAUUAAAGAUGGUCAGGUGAUUCCACUGGUGGAGUUGUCAGCAAAGCAGGUUGCGUUCCACAUCCCAUUUGAGGUGGUGGAGAAGGUCUACCCCCCUGUCCCAGAACAGCUCCAACUUCGCAUCGCCUACUGGAGCUUCCCCGAAAAUGAGGAAGACAUCAGGUUAUAUUCCUGCCUGGCUAAUGGGAGUCCAGACGAGUUCCAACGUGGAGAGCAGCUCUACAGGAUCAGAGCCGUCAAAGACCCCCUGCAGAUUGGCUUCCAUCUCAGUGCUACAGUGGUCACCAGUCAGGCUGGUCAGUCUAAAGGAGCCUACAAUGUGGCGGUCAUGUUUGAUCGCUGCCGCAUCACUUCCUGUAGCUGCACCUGCGGGGCUGGGGCCAAAUGGUGCGCCCACGUGGUGGCACUCUGCCUCUUCAGGAUCCACAAUGCCUCAGCAGUGUGUCUGAGGGCUCCAGUCUCUGAGUCUUUGUCCAGGCUGCAGAGGGACCAGCUCCAAAAGUUCGCUCAGUACCUCAUCAGUGAGCUGCCUCAGCAGAUCCUACCCACAGCUCAGCGGCUGCUAGACGAGCUGCUCUCCUCUCAGUCUACUGCCAUCAACACUGUGUGUGGAGCUCCAGACCCAACAGCAGGCCCCUCAGCGUCUGACCAGAGCACCUGGUAUUUGGAUGAGUCGACCCUCAGCGACAACAUCAAAAAGACUCUGCACAAGUUCUGUGGGCCCUCACCUGUCGUCUUCAGUGAUGUAAACUCCAUGUACCUAUCAUCCACGGAGCCGCCGGCCGCCGCUGAGUGGGCAUGUCUGCUGAGACCCCUGAGGGGCCGAGAGCCAGAAGGCAUCUGGAACCUUCUGUCCAUCGUCAGGGAGAUGUUCAAGAGACGAGACAGCAACGCUGCUCCUCUGCUCGAGAUCCUCACUGAGCAAUGUCUCACCUACGAACAGAUCAUCAGUUGGUGGUACAGUGUUCGGACGUCAGCAUCCCACAGCAGCGCCAGUGGCCACACCGGGCGCAGCAACGGCCAGUCGGAGGUGGCGGCUCACGCCUGUGCCAGCAUGUGUGAUGAGAUGGUGGUGCUCUGGAGACUGGCGGUGCUUGACCCCACGAUGAGUCCGUGCAGGCGUCUGGAACUGGCAGGUCAGCUGAAGCAGUGGCACCUCAAGGUUAUUGAGAUCGUGAAGCGGGGGCAACAUCGCAAGUCCCUGGACAAACUGUUCCAGGGCUUCAAGCCUGCUGUGGAGUCCUGCUACUUUAACUGGGAGGUGGCCUACCCACUGGACGGCAUCACCUACUGCAGUGCUGAUAAGAAGAGUGCCACGUUUUGCUGGUCCAGAGCAGUGCAGCAUCAGAGAGGAGUCAAAGCUGCUGCAGGAGGGGGUGGAGAACCUCCUGAACCAGGGGGAGGGGGGAGAGCUGACGGUGGAGCUGGGGGAGAUUAUAAAGGAAGAGGAAGUGGAUUGUCUCAACAGGAAGUGGCAGUGCGACCCAAGGAGACCAUUCUGACCAAGAGGAAGGGUCUGUCAGUGAGCGGAGGGGGAGGGAUGCUGGUCCGUCUGGGGGGCAGCGUCUCUCUCGCCCUGGAAGAUGGAGGAGGGAAGUGCAUGUACAAAGGGCCAGGCUCCUCCUCUGGAGGGAAGCUGAAGCUGACACAGGGAGGUGGGAAGGGGGCCUCUGUAGGAGGUCCUGGCGGGGGUGCAGGGUUAGCAGGUGGUAAGCAUGCCAGUGCCAAGCGGAGAACCAGCAGUGAGGACAGCUCCCUGGAGCCCGACCUGGCUGAGCUCAGCCUGGAUGAUGGCUGCAGUCUGGCUCUGGGGGCUGAGGCCAGCAACACGUUUGAGUUUCUCCCCCCGCCACCAGAGAUGCUGCCCUCCCCGAGCCCGCUGCUCAGAGACUCACGCAAGUACAGCAGCAGCAGUGGAGGCAAGAUGUUUGAAGCAAAGCGUGUCAGCCAUAGCUCUGCCCCACUUCCUGCUGCAGAGCCUGCUCCACCCUGCUUCCCUGCCAAAGAGACAGUGGUGGUGGUUAUGGACAUGCCCAACGCUGCAGAAAAGGAAGCAGAGCUGGAGGUGGAGUCCGUCCAGAACAGAGAUGAAGAUGUAGACUCAGCUGGCAGUAACCAGCCCUCCACCUCCACCACUACAGCAAGAUCAGGCACCACUCAAACAUCUGCCAAGGCACCGAGGGGUCGCAGAGAGACGGCGUCUGCUGGAGCAACAGCAGCAGCAGCAGCAGCAGGAAGCGCGGCUGCAGCUCCAAGUGGAUCAGCUAACCAAGGAGCAGAGGCAGCAGGUGGAGCUGCAGGAGGAGAAGCUGUGGGCGAGGACGACUAUCAGGCAUACUACCUGAGUGCUGCCUCAGAGGAGGGAGCAGAAAGACAGCUGACUGACAAUCACCAGGAGGAGGAGCCAGACAUCUUUGCAGGGAUCAAACCGCUGGAACAGGAGGGCCGCAUGGAGGUGCUGUUUGCUUGUGCCGAGGCCCUCUACGCUCAUGGCUACAGUAACGAGGCGUGCCGGCUGGCUGUGGAGCUGGCCAGAGACCUGCUAGCCAACCCUCCAGACCUAAAGGUGGAGCAGCCACAGACUAAGGGUAAGAAGAGCAAGGUGUCCACCAGCCGUCAGACGCAGGUAGCCACUAACACACUGUCGAAAGCCGCCUUCCUCCUCACUGUUCUCAGUGAACGGCUGGAGCUCCACAACCUGGCCUUCAGCACCGGCAUGUUCUCCCUGGAACUCCAGAGACCACCGGCAUCUACCAAAGCUCUGGAGGUGAAGCUGGCCUACCAGGAGUCAGAGGUGGUGGCUCUGUUGAAGAAGAUUCCUCUGGGCCUGGUGGAGAUGUCGGCCAUCAGAGAGCGAGCCGAGCAGCUCAGAGACGGAAACUUCUGUGAUUACAGACCUGUGCUGCCUCUCAUGUUGGCCAGCUUCAUCUUCGAUGUGCUGUGUACCCCAGUAGCGAUACAGACAGGAAAAAAAGAGGAGAGGGGUCUAGCAUGCGACACAGCUGGAUUCAGACCAGUGAUGUUGCCAUUACAUGUUGUGUCCCCAACGGGUUCCCGUCCACCAAGCCGCAACCGCAACAACGAGAUGCCUGGUGAUGAGGAGCUGGGCUUCGAGGCGGCUGUCGCUGCACUUGGUAUGAAGACCACAGUCAGUGAGGCAGAGCAUCCUCUGCUGUGUGAAGGAACCAGACGGGUGAAGGGUGACCUGGCUCUGGCUCUCAUGAUCACCUACAAGGAUGACCAGAGCAAGCUGAAGAAGAUAUUGGAUAAGUUGUUGGACAGGGAGAGUCAGACCCAUAAGCCUCAGACUUUAAGCUCCUUCUACUCCAGCAAGCCGGCAGCUGGCAGCCAGCGCAGCCCGUCCAAACAUACCGCCCCCAGCCACAGCAGCGGAGUGAGCGGAGCCACUGGGGGGGUCUCCAAGCACGCCCCCUCAUCUUCCUCUGCAACAACUGUGGCAGCCUCUUCCUCCAGCUCUUCCUCUGCUGUGACACUGGCUGGAGAAGAGGUGGCUCAUCAGGCCGAUCUGAACCCAGUACAGAACAGCACAGCAGGGGAGAGUACUGCAGAGACCAGGGAGCAUGUAUCAGAUGGGCCUCCGUCAUCAAAUGACCAGCAGAAUGAAACGGCUCCAUUUAAGCUGGAGGCCACGGUGCCCAGUCGGCUGGCACUGGGGGCGCGCUGUGGAUACAGCCAACGUUGCUGGGGCUCACCUGUGCGGCAGAAGAAGAAACACACAGGCAUGGCGAGUAUCGACAGCAGUGCUCCGGAGACCACCUCGGACAGUUCCCCCACCCUCAGUCGCCGGCCGCUCCGGGGGAGCUGGGCAGCAACAUCUUGGGGGCGGGGCCAGGACAGUGAUAGUAUCAGCAGUUCAUCAUCUGAUUCACUGGGUUCCUCCUCCUCCAGUGGCUCUCGCAGGGCAGGGGGCGGGGCCAGAGCCAAGAGCACUGACACCAGCAGGUACAAAGGGAGACGUCCAGAGUGCCACGCCCCCCACGUGCCCAACCAGCCAUCAGAGGCAGCAGCCCACUUUUACUUUGAGCUUGCCAAGACUGUUCUGAUCAAAGCCGGUGGAAACUCCUCCACCUCCAUUUUUACCCAGCCCUCAGCCAGCGGGGGCCACCAGGGGCCCCACAGAAACCUGCACCUGUGUGCCUUUGAGAUUGGUCUGUAUGCUCUUGGCCUCCACAACUUUGUCUCACCCAACUGGCUGUCCAGGACCUACUCGUCCCAUGUGUCCUGGAUAACUGGCCAGGCCAUGGAGAUCGGCAGCGCUGCCCUCAACAUUUUGGUGGAGUGUUGGGAUGGUCACCUCACCCCUCCAGAGGUGGCAUCCCUCGCAGACCGAGCAUCGCGGGCCAGGGACCCCAACAUGGUCCGGGCAGCAGCAGAGCUGGCCCUGAGCUGCCUGCCUCAUGCUCACGCCCUGAAUCCUAAUGAAAUCCAGAGAGCCCUGGUGCAGUGCAAAGAGCAGGACAAUGUGAUGCUAGAGAAGGCCUGCAUGGCAGUAGAAGAAGCAGCUAAGGGUGGAGGUGUGUACCCUGAGGUUCUGUUUGAGGUGGCCCACCAGUGGUACUGGCUGUACGAGCAGUCAGUGGGCGGGGGCUCAGGCCAGCAGCGGGAGACCUCUGGGCGCUGCGGGGCAAACGGGGGUUCGGGCAGGAGGCCCCCUGAAUCCAGCUGCGUGCUUGACAGCGGGGCGAACAUGGAGUCUACGGGGGUGGCGACGGUCACAGCCUCGGUCACCGCAGCAGCCGUCGUACCCGUCAUCUCUGUGGGCUCCACCAUCUACCAGUCCCACACCAUGCCUGGGCAGGCCAUGGCUCACCCCCACAGCCAGGGCCUCCACCCGUAUACCACCAUCCAGGCCCAUCUCCCCACCGUCUGCACCCCCCAGUACCUGGGACACCCUCUGCAGCAUGUCCCCCGCCCCACCGUCUUCCCUGUGUCUGGAGCUGCAUAUCCACAGGGAAUGCACCCAGCCUUCAUAGGGGCCCAAUACCCAUUCUCAGUGGCUGCUGGCCCCCAGCCACCAAUGGCAGCCACAGCUGUGACCUUCCCUGGUGUCCCUGUACCGUCCAUGACUCAGAUCGCCGUCCAUCCCUACCACACUGAGACCGGCCUGCCCCUCAGCACCACUGUAGCAGGUCAGGACUACACACUGUGUGUUAGCUGUCAUCAGUGUUCUUCUAAAUUUGGCAGCGUCCACGCGGGCCCCACCAUCCAGGCCAUCCAGGGAGCAUCACUACCCUCCCUCUCCUCCCAGCCAGGCUCACUGGUCAGCACGCCUUUCCCAGCAGAGGACGAGCAGCACAGCCAGCCAAUCAGCCAGCAGGGCCUGCACUACCUGCACUCUGCCUACAGAGUUGGCAUGCUGGCGUUAGAGAUGCUGGGCAGGAGGGCUCACAACGACCACCCCAACAACUUCUCCAGGAGCCCACCUUACACCGAGGACGUCAAGUGGCUGCUGGGACUGGCUGCGAGGCUGGGAGUCAACUACGUGUACCAGUUCUGUGUCGGAGCAGCAAAAGGCGUCCUCAGUCCGUUCGUCCUGCAGGAGAUCAUCAUGGAGGCUCUGCAGAGGCUGAACCCCGCCCACAUCCACGCUCACCUCCGAACACCUGCUUUCCACCAGCUCGUCCAGCGCUGCCAACAGGCCUACCUGCAGUACAUCCACCAUCGGCUCAUCCACCUGACACCUGCUGACUACGAUGACUUCGUCAACAUCAUCCGCAGCGCUCGAGGUGCUUUCUGCCUGACGCCCGUGGGUAUGAUGCAGUUCAACGACGUGCUGCAGAACCUGAAGAGGGGCAAGCAGACCAAGGAGCUGUGGCAGCGCAUUUCCCUGGAGAUGGCAACCUUCUCUCCCUGAGCAGCACGCUGAGCGAGGGUGUGCUGGGCCCUGGCCUGGGCCUGGGUCUGGGUCUGGGUCUGGGCCGAGCUUGAGGAGUCCCAUCUAGCACCUACUCGGCCUCCAGCAUUUCUACUGCCACUGCACUGAGCCGGCCACAUUUCUGCUGUCUGGCUCUGUCGGGGAGCCUCCUCCCUGUGAUGUGGACUCAGCAAACACAGCACACAGGCAGUACAAUCAGCUCCCGAACCCCCAACCCACAGAGACUUCCUUUUUUAUGGGUGUUUGUAGGCCCAGAGCUCAGAGGAGGAGCCGGGUCACCUCCCUGCUCCCCUCUGUUCUUGACUGACUCCUCACUCUUGUUUUAUCAUGGUUCCUGUUUGUGUAACUGUGGAAUUAAAGUGUACUCCUUCGUUUCUGCAUCUAACUCGUCUCUUCCAUUUCCCCUAAACUGAAGAUAUCGAUGGGGAUUUCUCACCCUCCAUCCUCACUUCAUUUCCAGUGUUUAGUAGUUUUGUUUAGCUUUGUUCUGAAUGAAUGAGUGUGAGUCAUUUUCACGCUGCAACAUUCCUGUCCAGAGUGGCAGCUGCUGUCACUGUGGAUCUGAAUCUUUGCAGGAGAAAAGGAAGAUUUGCAAGGAAUAAAAAAAAAAAUAAAAAAAAAAGGUU